UUUUAAUUUAUACGAUGAGCUGUAGCUCAUAUCAUCACUUUUAGGAACAGCAGCCGGUCACAAUUCAGCAAUGAUGCCAGAAAAUAUCAGCUCAUGGGAUACAUUGGAUGAACCGAUUUGGGACACAAUUCAUCGUGAUUUGUUCAACAUUUAUUCAAAAUUGAAAUUUGUCUUCUUACCGGUGUCGGAGAAUGAUAUCUAUUUAAAUGUCUGUAAAAAUUGGGAUCUUUGGGGUCCAUUCAUAUUCUAUGCAUUCAUUGCAUUCACCACUAAUAGUUGUAAUCCAGAAUUAUGUACCGGUUAUCAUCAAUCAAAUUUUUCUUCAAUUUUUGUAUUAAUGUGGAUCGCUAAUUUUAUCAUCUCGAUGAAUUGUAAAUUUUUAUUGAAAAAUUCAAAUUUCGAACAAAUAUUGGAAACAUCUUUCGGUGAUUCAAAUCAAUUGCCAGUAAAAAGAUUACGACAAAUGUCCAUAUUUCAAUUACUUUGCCUUUUCGGUUAUUCAAUGGCCAUACCAAGUAUCGGAAUUUUAGUCAUCAAAAUUUCAUCGUUAUUAUUCAGAUCAUCGUUUUUAUUUUUUUAUGAAAAAAUUCUAAUGAUCAUCAUUUUUUGUUUUAUUUAUCCGAUCAUGUCAUGUGCACGAAUGUUAUCGUCAAACAUUUGUAAUGAAAAAUAUUUCCUAUUUAUGUAUCCAAUUUGUUUAUUCUUUUUCACAUUAAGUUUGUAUAUCCAUACAUUUGUUUGAGUUUUACGUUGCAAAGUUGUUAUCAUUUAUGUAACGUAGGUAACUUUUUUUUUGUUUGUUUGUAUUAAUGAGAAUGAUUUGGUUUUUUUUUCAUCAUUCACUGAUAAUGUAUCUAGGCGUCAUAGAUUCGAUCAUCAUAUCAACGACAAUAUGCCUCAUAUAAAUGCACAUACAUCAAAUUGAAUAAAUGAUAAAUUGAUCCACCAUA